AUCAUCCAGGAGGUGGAGGAGAACCCGGACCUACGCAAGGGCGAGAUCGCGCGGCGCUUCAACAUCCCGCCGUCCACGCUGAGCACCAUCCUGAAGAACAAGCGCGCCAUCCUGGCGUCGGAGCGCAAGUACGGAGUGGCCUCCACCUGCCGUAAGACCAACAAGCUGUCCCCGUACGACAAGCUGGAGGGGCUUCUCAUCGCUUGGUUCCAGCAGAUCCGCGCCGCGGGCCUGCCUGUCAAGGGCAUCAUCCUGAAAGAGAAGGCGCUACGGAUAGCGGAGGAGCUGGGCAUGGACGACUUCACGGCUUCCAACGGCUGGCUGGAUCGCUUCCGCCGGCGCCACGGUGUAGUGGCCUGCAGCGGCGUGACCCGCUCCCGGGCGCGAAGCUCUACCCCACGGGCCCCAGCGGCACCUGCCGGCCCAGCCGCCGUGCCCUCUGAGGGCAGCGGUGGCAGUACACCAGGCUGGCGCACUCGGGAGGAGCAGCCGCCGUCGGUGGCUGAGGGGUACGCCUCGCAGGACGUGUUCAGCGCCACCGAGACCAGCCUGUGGUACGACUUUCUGUCCGACCAGGCCUCGGGGCUGUGGGGAGGUGAUGGAACGGCUCGCCAGGCCACCCAGCGUCUUAGCGUUUUGCUGUGCGCCAACGCCGAUGGCAGCGAAAAGCUUCCCCCGCUGGUUGCAGGCAAGUCCGCCAAGCCCCGUGCAAGCCAGGGUGGUCUGCCCUGCGACUACACUGCCAACUCUAAGGGUGGAGUCACCACCCAGGCCCUGGCUAAGUACUUGAAAGCUCUGGACACCCGAAUGGCUGCAGAAUCUCGUCGGGUCCUUCUGCUUGCAGGCCGUCUGGCUGCCCAGUCCUUGGACACCUCGGGCCUGCGGCACGUGCAGCUGGCCUUCUUCCCCCCCGGCACCGUGCAUCCUUUGGAGCGAGGAGUGGUCCAGCAGGUGAAGGGCCACUACCGCCAGGCUAUGUUGCUCAAGGCCAUGGCAGCACUCGAGGGCCAGGAUCCCUCAGGCCUGCAGCUGGGCCUAGUGGAGGCCUUACACUUUGUGGCUGCAGCCUGGCAGGCAGUGGAGCCCGCGGACAUAGCAACUUGCUUUCGCGAGGCCGGUUUUGGAGGUGGCCUUAAUGCCACUAUCACCACUUCCUUCAAGAGCGAGGGAGAGGAGGAGGAGGAAGAGGAGGAGGAGGAAGAGGAGGAGGAAGAAGAGGAGGGUGAAGGGGAAGAGGAGGAGGAGGAAGAGGAAGAAGGGGAGGAGGAAGGAGGGGAAGGAGAGGAGGUGGGAGAGGAGGAGGAGGUAGAAGAGGAGGGUGAUGAGAGUGAUGAAGAGGAGGAGGAGGAGGAGGAGGAGGAGGAAGAAAGCUCCUCUGAGGGCUUAGAGGCUGAAGACUGGGCACAGGGAGUAGUGGAGGCCAGUGGUGGCUUUGGGGGUUACAGUGUCCAGGAAGAGGCCCAGUGCCCAACUCUCCAUUUCCUGGAAGGUGGGGAGGACUCUGACUCGGACAGUGAUGAAGAGGAGGAAGAUGAAGAGGAGGAUGAGGAAGAUGAAGAAGAUGACGAUGACGAUGAGGAUGGUGAUGAGGUCCCUGUGCCCAGCUUUGGGGAGGCCAUGGCUUACUUUGCCAUGGUCAAGAGGUACCUGACCUCCUUUCCCAUUGACGACCGCGUACAGAGUCACAUCCUUCACUUGGAACAUGAUCUGGUCCAUGUGACUAGGAAGAACCAUGCCAGGCAGGCGGGAGUUCGGGGUCUUGGACACCAAAGCUGA